CGCCCGGGCCGCCUCAGCCGCGCCCGCCGGGCCCCCGGCCGCCGCCCCCCGCCCCUCCCGCGGCUCCCCACAACUUUUGAGGCGGGGACUGCGCUCGCAGCCUCACUUCGCCGACUUCCCCGGCCCUACACGGCACCCGCCGCGGCUUCCCUCGCACCCGCACCCGCCCCGCUCCCGCCCCGCGCCCUCCCCGCGCGCCGGGCAUGUGAGCGCGGGCGGACGCCGCCACCAUGGCCUCGCCGCGCGCCUCGCGGUGGCUGCCGCCGCUCCCGCUGCUGCUGCCGCCGCUGUUGCUGCUGCUGCUGCCGCCGGCUGCCCCCGGGACGCGGGGCCAGCCGCCCUCCUCGGCCCGCGGCGCGCCCAGCGGGGCGCCUCUCGCAGGCGCGAGGCUGGCGCGGUCGUCCCAGCCCGGCCCAGAGCACGAGCUGCAGUCGCCGCCACCCACACCGCCCCGGGAGCGCCGCGGGCCCGCGCCCCCCGGCUCCAGCCAGACGGCCCCUGCACCGGACGCCGUUACAGGGCCGGGACCUUGGGGCCCGGUGCCCCCGGGCGGGAGCGCUGCUGCUGUAAGGAACCACUGGCCAGAAAGCAGCACUGAGCCCCAGAUGGAAAAUGUCCCCUUUGGUCAGAAUCAAGUGGACUUCUCCGCAGUGGCCCCCAAAGGCCGUGGGGUGGUUCAGACUGCCGACAAGAGACACGCUCCUUUAGAUGCUGUGGAAAACUUGACUCCUCAAACUGGAACAGCGGGUGCUGGAGAAAGAAACAACUCCGUGAGAGCAAAUGUCACCACUUUCCCUGUUGGGUCUGAGAUGGCAACAGCGCUGACUUCCCAGAGCAGCACUAUAGCUUUGGGAAGGCUUCUCCUGCCGUCCAGCAGUACAGGGUCAGAGAGAAGUGCCCCUUCUCACACAGAAAGCAGGACAUCCUGGGGCUCCCAGACCAGGGGGAUGGGGUUCCCCAAAGAAGUGACUGUGCAUACCCAAGUGGCCACUUCAGUUUUGAGCCAGUCCUCUCUUCCUGCUUUGGAGACGGGAGAAGAGACCACAUUCUCCAGGAAGAGAAAUUCCUCAGAACCGGAGCUGUCUGGGCUGCAUUUCUCCAGGACAUCGUCUUACUCUUCUCCCUCAAACCAUUCUGCAACAUCUGGAAUCGUGGAGGGGCCGAGCAGCCCCACUGCCCUCCGGAGCGCCUUCGUCAGUCAGACAGGGAGGGUCCACGCUGCCACCACAGUCCCCAGUGAUGACCCCAGGGUGACCCAGUCUUCACCUGUCAGCCUGGGGCCCCUAAACAAAACGGAGAGUUUCCCUGAGAACGCUGAGGUGACCACAACGUCAGCAUCAGUCCAUUCUUCACCGUCUGAUGCAGAGUUGAGAAGAAACACUGGGGCAAUGAGGAGUCCAGGGCGUGGGGAGUUCACUAAGCCGUCCACAGAAGAUGCAUUUGGCCUUUCAUCUUCCGAGGGCUCGAUAGGGUUUUGGCAAAAUGAUUCCCCAAGCUCGGGAGGACACCAGUGGGCCAGCAGCCCUCAUAUGGAAAAUGGAAGCCCCCUGUAUCAGAUGGAACCUCUGUCAGUCCCGCUGGGCAAAGCUGGAGGGAGCACUGCACGCUGGGUGUCGACCCACAGCGAGACAUCUGCAGAGGUGACAGCAAGCUCUGCUUCCUAUGCCGAAGUCGUGAAUGCUUCAGUUUUGACCCAGUUCUCAGCCUCUGCCCCACAGUCUGGAGGGAGUGACACAGCACGGGCUGAGAAGAGUUACUCUGAGCCGGCCACCGAGGCUUUGUCCUCGUCCUCCUCAGAAAGCCUGGAGUCCUCGGCACCACGCGGGGAACGCUCGACCACUGAAGACGGGCCUGAGCUGGAAGUCACUGCCGACGCGGACGCGCAGGGACGGCGGGCGGGGACGUCGGGGACGUCCGGGGCCGGGGCCCGCAGCCCGCACACUUCAGCCACGUUCACGGGCAGCGGAGAGCGCACGCUGCGGUCUCUCGCCAACGCAAGCGUGACCUCCCGGGAGGCGGCGCCCGAAGACAGAGGUGGAGGAACAGACAGCGCCCCUCCGCACGGGAAGGGGACUGCGGCUCAUGCCGCUCCCAGAGGUGUCACUGGAAUUAGCUUGGAACAAGUGAGUGGCACCAACAUUGAACAGAAGGCUUCCAGCGACCACACAGACCACACCUACGUCUCCUCUACUUUCACCAGAGGAGAACGGGCAUUACUGUCCAUCACAGACAGCAGUUCAUCCUUAGAGACAGGGGAGAGUUCAACCUCUUCUAUUAAGAUCUCAGACUCCUCACAUUCAGACUAUCCUUCCUCUUCUCAGGUUCAGACGGGAAGAAGUAAUGUCUCAUUCUAUGGAGGGGAAUAUGCUCAGCCUUCCACUGAGUCGCUGGGUCUGCAUACAGCCAAGCUUCCAUCCUCCACACCCACCAUUAACAUGCCAAAAACCUUGGUGCUUGUGGGCACACGUGCUGGAUCAGUUGAUGACUCUUCUUCGUCAGGUUCCCCUUUGCCCCUGCCCUCAGUGUCCCAGUCUCACCAGUCUUCCUCCUCAACCCUGUCAUCCACCAGGGCCUUCGCUCAUCCCCCUGAGUCCACUUCUGAUGCGCCCAUACCUUUUUCUUCCUCACCACCACCUUUACCGAUAUCCCUGACAGAGUCCACCCCUGCCUCACCGCCCGUGUCCCAGACAACCCUACUGCCUUCAUCUCCUACACUGGCCCAGCCCAGGGCAAGAGACACGCCUGUGGCUGCAGUUCGGAUGUCGACAAUGGCAUCAUCUGUGGAAAUGCUCUCCAGUAGUCAAACAGCAGAUCCUAUGCACCAGAGCAGCCCAUACCACAAGAAAACGUUUACAGAAUCAAAGCCACCAAGCCUACAGCCUCUGCCCACGGAGGCCAUGGAAACUGAAAGAGUGAGCUCUGCUUCAGGGAUUCCUUCGCCCCCCACCUUAACAGAGUCCUCUACUGAGCAGAUCCUUCCAGCCACGAGCACCAGCUUAGCCCAAACAGCUCCAGCUCUGACAGCUACCACUCACAGGACCUUUCACCCCCCCGUGCCCACGCCCAGCCCCUUGUUGAGCACAGCAACUCCGACGGCUGGCCCCACAGCAGUACAGACUGUGGCCAGAAAAGAGUUCUUGCCAACCAGUCCUGAAAUUGUAGCGCCACGAAUCUCAACGCAAGUUGCCGUCAUCACAAGAAGGGACCAAGUGCACAUAGAUGAUACUACCCGAUCGAGCUCCCUGACCAGUGUACCCACAUCAGCUAAAGAACCGACAACGGUGCCUGGCAUUUCACAAGAGUACAGCCCAGCUUCACAUUUCCUCAGAACACCUCCUUCUCCCCAAAGCACGGGCGUGUCUCCAGCUGAAGUGCUGACCCUCAGAUCUACCACUCUCCAUGCUGAGAGCAGCACACAGUCCUCAACGGCCUCAGUGAGCGGCUGUGCCCCUAACCCUUGUCUUCACGAUGGGAAGUGCUUUGUGGACACCCCCAGCCGUGGGCAUCGCUGCGUGUGCUCACCUUCCUGGCAAGGGGACGACUGCAGUGUGGAUGUGGACGAGUGCCUCUCGAACCCCUGCCCACCCCUGGCCACGUGCAACAACACUCAGGGGUCCUUCACCUGCAGAUGCCCAGUUGGGUACCAGCUGGAAAAAGGAAUAUGCAAUUUGGUUAGAACCUUCGUGACAGAGUUUAAAUUAAAGAAAAUGUUUCCUAACAUCACCAUGGAAAAGCAUUCGGAUCUACGUGAAGUUGAAAAUGAGAUCACCCAAACAUUAAAUAUGUGUUUUUCCACAUUACCUGGUUAUACCCGAUCCACCGCUCACGCUUCUAGGGAGUCCAGCACUGUGGUCAUGUCGCUGCAAACCACCUUUUCCCUGGCCUCCAAUGUGACUCUGUUCGACCUGGCUGACGGGAUGCAGAAAUGUGUCAACUCCUGCAGGUCCUCUGCUGAGGUCUGCCAGCUCUUGGGAUCUCAGAGGCGGGUCUUUAGAGCGGGCAGCUUGUGUAAGCGGAAGACUCCGGAAUGUGACAAAGAGACCUCCAUCUGCACUGACCUGGACGGCGUGGCGCUGUGUCAGUGCAAGUCGGGCUACUUCCAGUUCAACAAGAUGGACCACUCCUGCCGAGCAUGUGAAGAUGGAUAUAGGCUUGAAAAUGAAACCUGUAUGAGUUGCCCAUUUGGCCUUGGUGGACUCAACUGUGGAAACCCCUAUCAGCUUAUCACUGUGGUGAUUGCGGCAGCAGGAGGUGGGCUUCUGCUCAUUCUAGGCGUGGCGCUGAUUGUCACCUGUUGCCGAAAGAAUAAAAAUGACAUAAGCAAACUCAUCUUCAAAAGUGGAGAUUUCCAAAUGUCCCCAUAUGCUGAGUACCCCAAGAACCCUCGCUCACAAGAAUGGGGCAGAGAAGCUAUUGAAAUGCAUGAGAACGGAAGUACCAAAAACCUCCUCCAGAUGACGGAUGUGUAUUACUCGCCCACAAAUGUAAGGAAUCCUGAACUUGAGCGAAACGGACUCUACCCGGCCUACACUGGAUUGCCGGGGUCACGGCAUUCUUGCAUUUUCCCAGGACAGUAUAACCCAUCUUUCAUCAGUGAUGAGAGCAGGAGAAGAGACUACUUCUAAGUGAGAAGAGAGAGGAGCCCGUCACACUGAGCAAGGGGCCUGAGACCAACCGCUGCCGCUCGGAGGACUGCCCCAGGGGAGCCCUGCCUGCCGGCUGCUCCCCGGACUUGUGCGGCCACACUGGAGUGGCAGGCAGAGAUUGGGACAGGUGUGGGGGCCUGGCCAAAGCAGAAGGGGACAGAUGGAACCUGUGGACGCGACGCUACAGGCCGUUCAUUUGUUGUUACUGUGAAUGUGAACAUGGGCCAGUACCAGGAGCAUCUCUCUGAGCGACUGCAGCUUGGCUGCUGGCUCCAGGGAUGAUGUCAGCUCGAGCAGACAGAGCACCAGGCACCACUGUGAGGACCCGGUUUGGCCUUAGUUUGCACUUUAGUAAACUGGGUAGAGAGGCCUCUUUUUGGAUUUUUUUCAAGACUAUUCCAGAAAGAAGGCCUCUUUUCCCCAGACACUUCCAUAGGCCUCCAUUUGGUGAUUAAUUUACAGCAAAAUGCCGGCUCUUUAGUUGUUUUUCUGCCCACUACCUGUGUGCUAAAGAACUGAUGGUGGUGAUGCACACACCACCUCGGUUUGGUGAUGCUGUAGGUUACUGCACAGUAGUUUAACAUGUUGUGAGGCCUGCUUGUGCUCAUUUCCGAGCCGACCCCUAGAAGGAGAAAUUGAAACUUGUGAGACACAGCACACAAAUCCAGUUUGUUUUUCAGUCAAGGUGACAGUUGAUUUAAGAUUAUUUUUCCCUUUGCAUUUAAAUCUCACUUUUUUCAAAUAAGUCUGGAUCAGGGCAAAAUGACUUGCAUUUGGUUUUAGUUCGAGGCAUCCAGCUGCCCUGCAAUGAGACCCACCCAGCAAGCAGCACUGGGAGGCCACUAGGGCUGAGCGAAGGCCCUGGGGGAACAGUUUGAGGUGCAGGUGGUGGGGCGCUUCUCAUCCCUGCAGGUGGAGCGUGGUGCCUGGGGCUCCACCUCAUCUCUGAGGCUGAGACUGCUGCCUAGGGAGUGGAAAUGGAAAGCUGAGGGCAGCUUGUGUCUGCACUGGUAUCCACCACUACGGGAAAGCAGCUUCUGUCGGCCCUACAGCUGAGUGUGGUUAGAGGAAUGAGCUGAGUAGGCAAGUUCCAUUUCCUGGAACACCCGUGCUUUGGGAAGCCUCGGAGAUUCCUGGGGAAGAAUAGGGAGCUGGGAUGGAGCCAUAGGUAAGUCUGCUUACCUCUGAGGACCACACCUUUGAUCUCGUUCGCAAAUGCAGUAUAAACUCUCCACCAACUGCUCAAAGCUAUUUAUUCACUGAAGAAGUAAUUUAUUUUUGUUCAUCUAGUAAUUUGUACCUCUUUAUACUACUAUAUAUUUUUCUCCAGAAACAUGGUUCUAACUCAAGUCAGCACUGGAGACUAAAGACUUGUGGACAGGCAGGGAGUGAGAGUUUGCCUUCAGGAGGGAAUUCCGAGUUUCUGGUGCCUGUGCCCUGGGUCCUGCGAGGGGCCGUGUCCGGUGCUCGGUGUCUUUAACUGCCCCUGUGGAACUGUGAUUAUUCUCGCCGUCUGCUUUCGAAAUACCCUGGUUUUGAGUGCAGUGGAGAGAACACAGGUGAAUGAACUGUUCCCACCCCGGAGCUUGGAGCCCAGCAGAACCCAUAUUUUGGGAAAUGGGGUAGACUUUGGGGACAACUUUGUCCUGGGCAUGGCUGUUUCUUCAAGGUUCUCUAACCUCUUCAGAAUGUAUGUAACCCUUAUCCUAACAGUUUUAAGUGCAAACUCCUGUGUCCUGUGGGCUCCACAAGUCAUCCCCCUGCUGCAGCAGGAAUUCGAGUCAGGUGUGAGGCCUGUUAGAAGUUAAUUUGUGCUCAGCUCAUGAGAUAGACACAAAGAGAAUUCUGUUUUUGUCAGCAGAUGCCAACUUAAAGUUUCAGAGCAUCACCUUUUCGAAAUCUUGGGCCUUGCAUCUCUGUGGAACCAAACAGCCCUGGUGCCUCAUGGCCUCACAUGGAACUGGAGAGCUCUGAGCUCCUGCACUCAGCUCACCUGAGCCAACGGACUGGAGGUGGCCUAGCUUCCUGGCUCUUGAUCAGAUCCUCGCUCAUUCCCAGGACCCAGAUUCCCUGUGCAGGGCUAUGCUCAGGCUUAUGUGUGUCUGCCACCUUUAGCUCACACCACAGCUGACAAAUCAUCUCUCUGGGCCGGAAACCAUAAGCUCCACAAAAUGAAGUGUUCUGUCCCAAAGGCAUUCUUGAGAAGAAUCCCAGAGUCCAGAAAAGAAUUCCCUAUGUGUUCCGAAAUACUUUCCUAUGAAUGGGUUUUGUGCAUAUGAAGUGGUUUAAGAAUGUUGUUUUACUUUUACUGUGAAAAAAGCAAGCACCCUGCAAGACUGAGUUCACAUAAAAUCUGCACUUUCUAGGAGGCAUGCAGGGGAUGGGAAAGUGCAUCUCCAGAGCGUGAGGGUGCAAGGAGGCAUGGAAACCGCUUGACUGUCGUACAGUGCCAACUGCCCACCCACCCUGAGUGAGGAAGGGAGAGCCUGGCUUCAUUCCUGCUUGGGGUUAGUCCCUCCAGAAGGGUGCUGUCUGCCAAGGGGAAACCCCUGGUAGGGCAGCAGCAGCCUCUGGACCGAAGGGACAGGACUGGACGCACCCCUGGCAAACAGAAGCUCUCAGCUCCGGCACACGAGUUCAGUGUCAGCCUCUGCACCCGGAAUGCAUGCGCACAGAAAUGCCACGGUCCUGUGACUUGGGGCGGGGUGGGGUGGGGUGCAGCUGGGGGAAGGUGGGAGGAAGGGAAAAGUGACACUUAACUGCCCACGAGACCCUUAAACUUCUGUAGGGAAGAAAGGGGCUGGAUAGAAACCACCUGUCCUGUGGCUCAUCUGAGCAAGGUGGCUCUCUCAGAGCAAGGCACUGCUCACCUGCUGGCCUCCUAGCAUCUGUGGUCUUCCUUAAGCUCUUAAACAAAAGAUCUUAUUUCUUGUGUCUUUUCCUUGUUGCCCGAUGAGCCCCCCAGGGCUCUAGAGACAAAAUAGGAAAUCUGAAUAAUCACAUAGCAUCUCAGGUGUUCCCACCCUGGCCAGUCUCUGUGCCAGGUACUUGGCCCCCAUGAGGUGGGCACGAGGGUGCCCAUUUCUCGGACAUGGGAAACCACAGAGAGCAUGAUUGCCUCGGAGAGCCAGGAUUUGAACUCUUGCCUGGCCUGCUCUCCUCACGACACCCUCCUGCCUCACCAUCCCUGUAGUUCAAAUGUCAAAGGGCACAAGAGAGUGGGUUCUAAGUAUUUUUUUUUAAAGAACCAAAUGUCAUUAAGCAAUAACUAAACUAAUGAUAUGAAGUACAAAAAAAAGUUGAAUCCCCUUGUGAAAAAGCUUUUUCAGGUUUAUUAUUACACCUAUGUCUUGUGGUCAUCAUCAGGAAAAGAGCAGCUGGCUUGUGCUUAGCAAGAAGCACGUUGGUAGGUGGCUUUGGGUGCAGGAGUGGAGGGACGACCCGGGUUUGACGGGCACAGCCGGACUUGGACGUCCACUUGGGGUGAGGACUGGUUUGCCUUGUUCCCAUGGCAAGGCCAUGGCACGACUCCCACGUAUUGGAAGCAUAUUUUUGUGAAUAUUGUCAGAGUUGGGAACAUACUCAUUUGAAGGUCUUAAGUGCUGACAAAUCCUCCUCUGACAAAAGUUUAUUUUCAGAAGUAGCUGUCAUUUAGAGCCCACGUUGCCGAGUGGAUAGUGUAAUCAAGAUGGCUGAUAGCAUUAUGGUCAAAAACUGAGAUGUGAUGAUUAAGUUCUUGAAGAGGGAACUGUUAAAGUUGCCCAAAAGGGAGGGCAGUAUCUUUUCAAUACAAGGCUAGAUGGCUGCCCAAAAAAAUGUUUUUGAAGGACGUCAUUUAUUCUUAUGUGAAAGCUCCCAGAGGAGACACAGUCGGGUCUUGCAUGCGGCUUUUUGGGGGCCUCCCUUAAGCCGUCUCACCCACGGGUGCAGUGCCGGGUGCCCCUGAGCUCUGUGGACCUGGCUGGGAGAAGCUGGAGUUGGAUAGUCCAGUUGCUCCUGGCUUAGUUGAGCCUAACGUGCCCCAAACCUGGUUUGACCCAUGGUUCUAAGAUACACUGAUUUCAAAACUAAAGCAAUUCUUUGGAGAGAGGAAGAAUUUCAAUAUUUUGCAUCUUAUUUAAAAGUACCCUUAAUAUCAGGGAUAUUUUUCUAUGUAAAAACUAGUGGGGAUUAGAAGGGAUAUUUUAUUUCAUUCUGGGGUUCUUGUGUAUGUUUUGAAAAAAGGUGUGUGGUUUUGCAGAGUUGGUUUUUGAUUACGAUGUGUGUUGUUCUACUUGUUCUUUUCUCCAAUUCCCAGAGAAGGAAACUGGUUAAAAUACUAGGAACAUUAAAAGUAUUAAAUGUCAGUUAAUUUGUUGUACUAAAAUAUCUUUGCAGUAGUGUUAUAAUCUACCCCAGCUGGUGUAAACUGCUCACAGAAAAGCCUGUGAAGCCAAAGGUUCAGGCCUGAAAAAAGGUAGAUCUUAGACUGGCUGUAUCUACUGGGCAUUAGAUUCUGGUUUUUGAAGAGGACACUUUAGCUUCUGGUUUUAUUUUAUUUUAUUUUUGGACACAUCUAAUGCACUUCAGUUACAGAAUUACUGGGUAGGGAGGAUGGGACCACACGGAGAUGGAAUGGAACCAGUCUACCUGGGAAACUAACCUGACCCACUUACCUUUCUGCAUUACCUUGGUCUGUUUCUUUAAAAAAAGAGGAGGAUUGUCUUUCAUCGUGGGUUAUUGUGACUUUUCUUAAUGUUCGUGUUGCUGGAUUUAUGGUUAAAUGAAACAUGUAGUUGGAAUAUGAAAUUUUUGAGUUUCCACGUCCUAGAUUUCUCUUUGCAAACCUUUAUACCUUAGCCCCUGGUUGAUGGCGUUAAAUCCAGUAUGAGAAUGUUAUUUAAAGUUGUAUUAUAAUUGCAACCUCCACUAAGUAUUCAGUACUGUAGCAGCAAAGUAUUAUUUGUAAGAAUAUGGUUAUUUUUAUACCCACUAUAAGUCUGGCGUUCUAGUCAGUAAAAUGAUGCAAUAAAACAAAUAUCAUUUUCA